CAUCUGAAGUUUUAAAAAGCCAACCAUAUAGUUUAGCUAGUGAUAUAGACAGUUUUUCUAUGAUAUUAUGGGAAUUUAUAUCUGGAGUUUUUCCAUUUUAUAAUGAAACUUAUGAUUUUCAAUUAGCUUUAAAUAUUUGUAAAGGCAAACAUCCUGAAAUUAUUAAAGAUACUCCACAAUGUUAUAUAGAUUUAAUGAAAAAAUGUUGGAAUAUUAAUCCAUUAAAAAGACCAAAUGCCUUAGAAAUUAAGAAUAUUAUUAUAAAUUGGU